AAGAAAGAAUACAAACGUACCAGAGACUUGACAGAAAUGAAAUGUUAAUAUAAGCUAAACCAGACUGUGUUCCUUGUCUGACUGACAGGGAUAACUUACUAUAUAGCCAGGUUGUGUCCACUUUUUCGGCACCGACACACCUGCACAUAUAUACUCAGUAACAAGAUCUCAGUGGAAAUAUAUUUUCCAACUUUUGCUCUUAUUUGAUGUGGUUUUAAAUGCGGUGGAGGAAAGAUCGGAUUGACCGGAAGGACCUGGAUAUAUCAGAGGCUCUAUUCUAUUAAUGAAGGAGUCAAUGACCUACAAGGACUCACAAUGAAGAGACUUCUGGUUUCCGUGGCAACCCUAAUUAACCUGCUGCUCCUGAUAUUGCUGGGAUCUGGGUAUUGUCAGAACAUUGCUGACGAGUCUUGUUCUGUUCAGAUACUUGUGCCAGGUUUAAAAGGUGACAUUGGAGAAAAAGGGGUGAAAGGUGCACCAGGGAGACCAGGAAGAGUUGGUCCACCAGGAGAAAAAGGAGAAAUAGGAGACAAAGGAGUGAAAGGAGGCAUGGGCCGUCAUGGAAAAAUUGGCCCCAUUGGUUCUAAAGGUGAAAAAGGGGAUAUUGGUGAUAUGGGUCCUCAAGGUCCUAAUGGAGAUCCAGGACUUCCUUGUGAAUGUGGUCAGCUGAGGAAAGCUGUUGGAGAGAUGGACAUCCGUGUGGCACAAUUGACCACAGAGUUAAAGUUUGUAAAAAAUGCACUGCCCUCCCCCGCAGUUGUUGCUGGAGUACGAGAGACAGAUACUAAGAUCUACCUGCUGGUAAAAGAGGAGAAGAAAUACACUGAGGCCCAGGCCUACUGCCAAGGAAGGGGUGGAACCCUCAGCAUGCCCAAGGAUGAGACAACAAAUAGUCUGAUUGCCUCUUACAUUAACCAGGCUGGUCUCACUAGAGUCUUUAUUGGGAUCAAUGACCUGGAUAAAGAAGGCCACUUUGUCUAUUCCGACCGGUCAGCAAUGCAGACCUUCAACAAGUGGCGACAAGGGGAGCCCAACAACGCAUACGAUGAGGAGGACUGUGCUGAAAUGGUGUCUUCAGGCGGAUGGAACGAUGUCUCCUGCUUCAUUACUUUGUAUUUUAUUUGUGAGUUUGACAAAGAAAAUGUGUAAGUUUGUUCCUAUAUAAGUUAAUGAGCUAUGAAAGCACACACUUUGUUAUUUUUAUGAGCAGUUCUCCAAUGACACAGAGGAAAUGUCAUCUUAAUUUAAAUAUAUUAUAUCAGAUGACAUUCAGUGUUGUAAUUGAAUCACUUAGAAAAAUCUCGUAAUUUAGACCAUAACUUCAAAUUCUUGCCCACUAUCACUAUUAAACCACCAAACUAAUUACUUUCAA